AUGACAGAGCAACAAGGCAUUGCCUCGCCACCAUCGGGAGAAGGGAUGCGAGGCUUUCCCGUUGUCACCGUGGUUGUUUCUCCUCACAGUUUGGGUCGUCGCGGUGAUUUGGAUCGCGAGAGGAGCCGAAAGGUUCCUUACUUUCCCCGCAAUCCCAGUCGUCAGCGUCGAUCCGUGAAGAAACAGCAACAGAAGAAACAGCGCAGCAACAGCAAUGACCAAUGCCAACGUUCUCGUGAUACUCGUACAACGUUGUCCUCCUCUGUAUCCUCCUUGGAUGACGUAUCGAUGGCUUCAUCCUCUUCCAACCCUCGACAGUCACGAUGGGAGUCCAACAUCAGUGCGACCAAGCAAUCGGCCAUGGCCAUGCCCACGCGACGACGAGGUGUUUCCCCGGAGAACGACAGUCACUGUGAUUGUGACGCGACAAAGACGAAGAAGGGCCACAAUGACACUGCUGUUGUCCCGCCAUCGACCCAAGAAUUGAAACAAUUGCGUCGCAAAUUCUCAGGGGAUGAUCUCUCCAGUCUUCUACUAGCCAACCACAAGGCGGAGAUCACAGCAAAUAGUAAUGCCAUGAAGAAGAAGAAUCAACAUCAUGGCUUGAGCAAACCCCGUCGACAGACUUCCCCAGCACGACUGACUAUCAAUACCUCGCCUUUGGCAGCACUGCAUCAGAGUGAUGGGGAAGAAGACGAUCACGUCUUUGUACGACGAUCUGGAUCCAAUAAGGGCAUCUUUCUAUACCAACGAGAUGACAGUCAAAAGGACCUACUAGUUUACAACCGCAGCAAGGCACGACGACCCACCAAAGACGAUGUGUAUUCGUCGUCAUCCAACCAAUGCCGUCGACGACCAGCGGGGGACGCACCCUCGGGACUGCUGUGCAAGUUGAAACUGAGCAGCAACCACAGUGAUCAUGACCACAGCCAAAAAGAGGAUUUGGAGGGUCUCGUCCGGGCCAUAGAACAAUCCGAAGAUCACGGACACAUUUUUUGUUCGGCUCGUAAUCUAUUGGCAUUUGCAAUGGAAUCUGAUGAAGAAUGA